GGCGGAGUGUCCGCUUGCCAUCUGAAAGUACCAACCUCAGAUUCCAACACGUUACAUAGGCUUUUAACCGUUUCCUCUUUCUGCUUUUUUCCUCUUGCUCAUGAGUUGCUAGAUGUGGGCGGGGACAGUACAGGCGUUUGCAGCAGGGUUUAAAAGGAAGCUGCUACAAGAGUGUCCAAACAGUGAAGCCUCCUCUGUGUAAAGCUGCAGUGGCUUCGAAAAGAAGAGCAGAAAGAAAGAAGGGCUAAAAGGAAGAAAAAAAAAAAAGCAAGGAAACAGCAACAUCCCUCAGGGGAAUUCCAAGGAGGCUACAAGUCAAACAAAACAGCUAAAAGAACUUUUCUUCAUCUGCCAGAAUCAGCUAUUAUUAAGUUUUUCUUUGACCAACAGCUGAAUUUUCGAAGCAGUCUGAAUUUAGGCAGCAUCAUCUGUGAAAUCAAUUUGAAAAAAAAAAAAAAAACAAGGGAGCUUCUAUUUGCAGAAGGAGAAUCAAAUUUUUACUGGAUUCCCCAUCACCACCAAAGAAUUGCGUAGCCUUUUUCUGAAGCACAACCAUCCACAAUGAGCUCUGAGCAACUGGUGAACGAUGUGGAGAAAGGGAGCAUAGUUGUAAUCCAGGAACCCUCCCAGAAAAAUAACCACUGGAAGUGUCUCAGCAUCUGUUCCUUCUUGCUUCUGAUUGGGGCCGUAACCGUGUUUGCCCUCUUGCAACUGGACGCAUUUGGAUCGUCUGAAAAGGAGAACUCUAAACUACAGGGAAAUUCAUUUUCUGAACAUCUGCCAGACACAAUGAAAGUACAAGCCUUGAAGUCUGGAAAACCAGCUGCCCAUGCUAUUGCUUCUUCCCAUCAUUCACCACAACUGAAGUGGACUACAGAUGUGCUUCCUUCCAUUCUGGAGAAUGGCAUGCGGCUGGAUGAGAAUGAAAACUCCCUUAUUGUGCCUUCUACUGGAUUGUACUUUGUCUAUUCUCAGCUUUUGUUCCACAAAGACCACUGCAAAAAGCCUCUUCUGCUCACCCACAACAUCACCCUCUGGUCCUCAGAGUUCAGCUUCGAGGUAGAAUUGCUAAAAUCCAUUAAAUCUGUCUGUGAAGAUGCCUCCAGCGAUAAAAAAUUGUGGUUUGAAUCUAUUUAUCAAGGGGCUGUCUUCAAGCUGAAUAGAGGAGACCGCUUGCUGUCCAAAACAAAUCUCCCUGAAUUUCUGGACUUCACUCAUUCAACCCAGAUUUAUUUUGGGGUCAUUGCUAUGUAAGAAAAAAGACUUUAUGAUAACAACCACAUGUUUGUAAUUCAUGUACUUCAUGUAUCUUCAUGGGGGGGGGGUUCAGCUUAUAGAAAGAUCCCCAAAACUUAUUUGUAGGCAGGCAGUAUAAGCAUCAUUAGUGUGAGUCGCUUUUAAAUGGUCUAAACUUUUUAUUUAUUAAUAUUUAUUUAUUGAGCUUCUAAUAUAAUCUUGAAACUUCAAGCCUUUUUUUUUCCCCUGUGUCGGAGAUCCUUGCAAAAAGAGACUGCACUUUUACCGGCAAUGAAUGCAUACACGUGGAACAAUGUAGUUGUGAUUCCCCAUUAAGUGGGUUCAUGUUGAUGAACCUAUGUUUGGGGUAUUGUAAAAAUGCGUGUGUGGCUAUCUCUAAGCAGGAUUUCCAUUCCUUUGACUCCCAAUCUAGGUUAAGAUUUGAAUAUUUACAUAUAUAUAUAUACAUAUAUACUAUGUAUAUGUGAUAUUAUUUGAUUGUGUUGAUUUAACCAUGUAUAUUACAUGAAUUAUCCUGAAUUUUGGGUAGUAGAUAAUACUGGGCUAUGGAUCCUGGUAUUUGUUCCCCAGCCAACAGUACAGUCCCAUCCAAGUUUAUUUGGAAAGCUCCUAACAUUCUCUCUUGGAUUGUACUGUUUCAGUCUGAUGUCGGAAAGUCUGACAUUUUUGGUAUUUCAUUGGCACCUUACAGGUUUUCUGCAGAAAUGCCUUACAUUACUGUACAGGGUUGCCAUGAAAAAAAAGGUUUUUUUAAAGUAUUAUAAAUAUAUAUAUUUUACUAGCACAUGGCUUAUUUAUUUAUUUAUGUAUUUAUUUAUUUGUCUAUUUAUUCUGUUCUGAAUCUCUGCUCAGCAGAAAGUGAAAACACAUUUUGUUAAGAUAGAGACAUGUACCUUGGCUUGACUCUGUAUUGAAAGAUCUCUUUGAAUGAGGCCAAACAAUAAAAUGAAAUUUUGAAAUGGA